AGUUCUUAGGACGUGCUGAAUCCCGUUACAAACAAAGUUGUCGCUGGCCGCUUCACAGAAGGAAACAUCGCUGGUUCACAUGAUUUAAGGAGAAACCGUACCUAAAAUUUGCUGCUUCGCGUGGACUACCUACGACUUGGGACGGCGGAGUUUCGUUGUCCUAAUUUGAACAAGGGUUUGAUAGCUCGUUGUUUUGGCAGCUCGUUUCAUCUCUCCGGUGCCCCCUGUUGUUCCGAGGAGCACAGCUCAACCACUAGUUGCUACCCGGUGCCCGGGACUCCCGUUCUUAGAAGCGGAGUUGACAAUGGCCGGUGUGGGCUUCCUGUUAUGCGGCAUCACCUUGCUCUUCGGAGAACUCCUUUCCGGUUCGGCCGGUCAGCAGCACCAAGGAGAAAAAGGAAUCUCAGUGCCAGACCAUGGCUUCUGCCAGCCGAUCUCCAUCCCGCUCUGCACGGACAUUGCCUAUAACCAGACAAUUAUGCCAAACCUGCUGGGCCAUACCAACCAGGAAGACGCCGGGCUGGAGGUGCAUCAGUUCUACCCGCUGGUGAAGGUGCAAUGCUCAGCCGAGCUAAGAUUCUUCUUGUGCUCCAUGUACGCCCCGGUGUGCACGGUGCUGGAGCAGGCUAUCCCCCCGUGCCGGUCUCUGUGCGAGCGGGCAAGACAAGGCUGCGAGGCCCUCAUGAACAAGUUCGGCUUCCAAUGGCCCGAAAGACUGCGGUGCGAGAACUUCCCUGUGCACGGGGGAGGCGAGAUCUGCGUGGGGCAAAACAGCUCAGACACACCGUCUGGCCCCACGGCCAACCCUACCCCUUACUUACCGGACAUUAUCACCUUCAAUCCUAUCGCUACACGGGAGUUUACUUGCCCCCGGCAGCUCAAAGUUCCACCUUACCUGGGCUAUCGUUUUCUUGGGGAAAAAGACUGCGGGGCCCCCUGCGAACCCACCAAAGCCAACGGAUUGAUGUAUUUCAAGGAGGAAGAGGUGCGCUUUGCCCGCUUGUGGGUGGGUAUCUGGGCCAUCCUGUGCGGCAUCUCCACGCUCUUCACCGUACUCACCUACCUGGUCGACAUGAGGCGGUUCAGCUACCCCGAGAGGCCCAUCAUCUUCUUGUCGGGCUGCUACUUCAUGGUCGCCGUGGCUUAUGCCGCCGGUUUCCUCCUCAAAGAUAAAGCCGUGUGCCUGGACCGCUUCUCGGACGAUACCUACCGCACGGUGGCACAAGGAACCAAGAAGGAGGGAUGCACCAUCCUCUUCAUGAUUCUCUACUUCUUCGGAAUGGCCAGCUCCAUCUGGUGGGUCAUCCUGUCACUCACCUGGUUCCUGGCAGCCGGCAUGAAGUGGGGCCAUGAGGCCAUUGAAGCCAACUCUCAGUACUUCCACCUGGCUGCCUGGGCUGUGCCGGCAGUGAAGACCAUCACUAUCCUGGCCAUGGGGAAAGUUGACGGAGAUAUCCUGAGUGGGGUUUGCUAUGUCGGCAUCAACAGCGUAGAUUCCUUGCGUGGAUUCGUGUUGGCGCCGCUCUUCGUGUACCUUUUCAUCGGCACAUCCUUUCUCCUGGCCGGGUUUGUGUCGCUGUUCCGCAUCCGAACCAUCAUGAAACACGAUGGCACCAAGACCGAGAAGCUGGAGAGGCUGAUGGUGCGGAUAGGGGUGUUCAGCGUGAUGUACACGGUGCCGGCCACCAUCGUGCUGGCUUGUUACUUCUACGAGCAGGCCUUCAGGGACACGUGGGAGAAGACCUGGCUCAUGCAGACCUGCAAGAGCUUCGCGGUGCCCUGUCCCAACCACAACUUCGCCCCCAUGAGUCCGGACUUCACGGUCUUUAUGAUCAAGUAUCUCAUGACCAUGAUCGUGGGAAUCACUUCGAGCUUUUGGAUAUGGUCGGGGAAGACCCUGCAGUCCUGGCGCAAGUUCUACCACAGGCUGAGUAACAGCAGCAAAGGGGAGACUGCUGUGUGAAACCAGACUGCUGCCCCGCGAUGGAGCCAAAAGAGACUUUAUUUAAAGGGACUGUUCUAUGCCAUUGAAACUGUUGCUCAUUCCUUG